GCUAAGACCGCCAGGUGAUAUCACUGAUAGCUUUGAUAGCGCUGCAGUCCCCUAGAAAAAGUUUUGGUCUGAGGCAGCUUCCACCCAGUCUCUAGACGCCCAUUUUCUAGACCUGCUCGUCACAUCUCGCGGCGCAUCGUGCCAUGCCUUCAAAGACGCUACUGAUAGAAAGAGGCUCAAAAGACUACAUCUGCAGGUCCUGCCUUUCGAGCCUUGGGAGGCGACCUCCGCCAACGCCAGCACCAUGGGCUAUCCGACAAGCAUCCCAGGCGGCAGCACGAGCCUCGACGCCUCGACGGAACAAGACACGAGCAAUUGACGAUGCCGAGCGCCUGAGAACUUUAGAGAAGCUUGGUCUUCUGAAGCGUGAGAAGGAGGAAGAACGGCCUACAGUCAACUAUUUCCAGGAGGACGGUGGAAAGCUGCGGCGGCUCGCCAAUGUAGAAGAGUUCAACGAUGCCCUCAACGAUCCUGGCGAUCAGAUGAAGACCGACUUGCAGACACUCGAGCGAGGCGCCGGCAGUGCCAAGAGCUACUUUGAUAUGCUGGAAAGGGCCGAAAUACAAGAGAAGAACGCCCGCGACCAGGAAGGCUUGGAGCUGGCAAUGAAGAAAGCCUUGUAUACGACCAAGUCACUCGGCCCCGACGCCAUCCACGCGCUGGAUGAUCUUUCACAGGAUUUGGGCGACGAGCCCACUGGCGCAAUACAUAUCAACAUUGACAUUAGCAAAUGGCCCGUUCACCACAGAGAGAAGGUGACACGCUUGAACAACAACCUGCAACUUGCUGCCCGACAGCUCGAUCGCGGCAAUCUGAACAAACUCGGUUUUGCAGUUUGGAAAUAUUAUUUUGGUGCCCGCCAGGCUCUGUCCAAAGACUGGACCGCUGUUCCUCCUGCCACCUGGGAGCUUCUGUGGGAUAUUUUUGCCACGGAAUCGCCUCAAAACCCAAAUCGCUGGCACCAUGUCCAUAUUCUUGCCAAAGACAUGAGCAAGGCCGGGGUCCAGCUUUUUCCAAAGCGCCAGUUGAUGGCCAUCGAGGCUCUGUUUCUGGAGGGGUGGCACAAGGAAGCCAUGGAAAACCACAGGAGAAAAGUCACAACUUUAGGGACCGAUCCUGAGACUUUCGUGGAUUUCUGGCAACUCGGCCUGCGAAUGUGCUGUCAUGUUGGUGAUCUGGAUAAAGCGAAGCGUUUGGCUGACACCAUCCUCGGCUCCUCCUACCAGUACGAUAUUCGUUUCUUGCUUCCACUAAUCAGAGCAUAUGCACAGAAGCCUGAGACCGCGGAGAAGGCCCAUGAUCUAUACAGGGUGGUCCAGGCAGGACUUGGCGAUGCCAUGACGAUUGAGGACUAUGAUCUCAUCAUUUCUUUAUUUCUGGUAGCCCAACAGCCUGAAAAGGCCCUGUGGAUAUUCGUCGAGAUGAUGACAUCUGGUCGAGUUGACUUGCGUAAUCUGGAACAACUCCCUCCCAGCGUUGCCAAUGAGUUCUUCGUUGGCAAGUGGUUAAAGAGACUCAUUGGCGUGGGCGAUCUUGAAGGAGCUUACAAUGCUUUACAACACAUGAAAAGCAGAGGAGUCAUGCCCAGACCAAUGGUAGUCAAUGUCCUCAUUGGAUCUUGGCUGCGCACAGGAGUAGCGGAGAAUGUGGAAAGGGCAGAGCAGAUCGCAUGGGCCAUGAUCAAUUCCAGACUUCAGUUUGUAAAGCUGAGGGCAGAGUCCCACAAGAAUCAAGAUGUAGUGUCUCUACCUGGAAUGAAGAUAUCGCAUAAACAGUCUGGUGCAGGUUGGCCGAAGGCCACCCUCGAGACGUUCUCUUUGCUCGCAGAGAACUAUAAGGACCGCGGCGUGCUUUCCAAGAUGGAAGAGCUCUGGGAGGCUUUCAAGCGAGCCGAGAUGGGCGCCAACACAUUUUUUAUGAACCAACUGCUCUUCUCUCUGCUUCGCAAUGGCCGUGGUCUGGAAGUCCCCAAGCUAUACCGUGCUAUGAUACAGCAAUUUGAGCACGACAAGCUCGGGCCCGAUUCUUGGACCUUCCUCGCUCUCUGGCAAGCCUUACCGCCUAAUCGUCUUCAGUCUUGGAAACCGGAGGACGUCACACAAAGCAUUGUGGAAAGCCGGCGACUGUUUGCAGAAAUGGUGAGCUUUGCUGCGAAAUUCCAGGCUGAUGAUGAGGGUGUGAACUUCCAGCUGGCUAGGACGAUUAUGCACACUUUCCGUCAGCUGAAAGAUCCCCUGAGCAUGUUGGUCGCAUUCCGAGCCUUGCGCCAGAUAUUCCAAUUGAAGGACCCAGGUUCAAUGGUGCUUGAAAUGAUUGUUGGGACAACGAAUCUUGAAAGAGCGGCUGGGGAUAGGAAAAUGAGAAACAAGAUCAUGACGGCCACACAGCACACCGAGCAAUUCUUGUCCCAGAGACAACAAGAAAUGGUGGUAGACGGUGAACUAAGGAAGAAUGAAGAGAUGCCAGACGACGUCAGGUCUGCUGAGAUGGCAGAUUUCCUCGAGAUGCAUUUAGAGGCUGAACUCAACAAGAUUGAGAACGCGGAUGAGCUAUUUGAGCAAGCAGCCCGGGACAUGGGUGUUAUAUGAGCCUAACGUAGUUGUUAGGAAGGGCCAUUUGUAUAAGAUGUAUCAUAUACAUCAAAGCUUGGAAAUUGGCUGAGCUGAUGUGCAUUGUAUAUAACGACGACACAUGUAACAUUAACCCACAAUACCCAAACAAUGAGAAUCUCACAUUUGCAUUUCAGUCACCUCCUACAUCGUACAAGCACGAGAAAGCAGUCACUGUGGCUAUAGGUAAUCGCUUUUGGGAUCUAUAUAAAGAGGAACGAAGCUCCUAUCCACUCUCGUCUGUUUCUUUAUUCUUCAGACUAUCCAAU